GUGAUCAAUAUUCGGGCUAGUCGCUAAGCAAUACUUCUGCAUCCAGAGCUGAGCAGAUACCCAACACUUCGCGACGACACCUAACCCAUGCAGCAAUACUUGAAAGCUAUAAAGUUAUGAUGAUCUCCUACUAGUUUUGGUUCAUCGUAUCCACCAACUUCUUCUCUUUACUAGCAACUUCAUUUCUACCCUCAACCUCAAUCGUCUCUUUUCAUCCCGUAAGCCAUACUACAAUUCACAAUGUUCAUCUAUCAAGGAAAGCUCAACUGGUACAACUACGCUGUUGACGAGACCUUCACCAUCAUCUUCCCCAAGGGUGUCGUCCGCGCCAACGAUCCCGUCUACAUCUUCACCCAAUGGACAAAAGACGCCGCUGGCGUUGAGAAAGCCAAAUUCUUCCAAACCAUCGUCGUCCAAGAUCUAAAGCAGCUCCCCAAGACAACAGAUGUCAGCUUCAAUCUAUCCGGAUCAUGGUACAACUAUGCCAUCACCACUGAGCAGAACUACAGCAAGAUCAAGGUGGACAUGACCAGUCCCUCUGGUGGAAAGGCUAGCAUUACUCUUGAGCGCCACUGGCAACCUCAGGGUGAGAUUAACCCUGAUGCUGCGCUUCGCAUCUGGGCUGGUAGCAUCGAUUGGCGGGAGAAUGCUGUUAAUGAACAGGCUAUCUUUGUCCUCCCUGAGGAUUAUGAGGAUGGAAAGCCUAUUGUUUCUUCGUGGCAGUGGACUAAGGAUGGUUCUGGCAAUGCUAAGACGUCGGCGUUCAAGGGUACUAACAUGAAAGUCGUCGGAUCUGAUGACAAGUUCGACAAGUUUUCCUUCAACAAUUUCUUUGACAUCACUUGUGCCUGGAGUAGGGAGACUCAGAAGCUUGGUAUUGAGGUCAAGGCAGAUGGGAAACAGGCCAAGAUUGGUGAAUUGAACCUUGUCGCUAAAGUCGAGCCUAAGAAGCACUCAUUCGACUCCGAUGACCUCGUGCCUCCUACCAAGAAGGAGACCGAGUUCCGCCUCCCUCAGCCUGUGCAAACGCUUCCCCGCGUCCUACACCCCAUGCCUUUCCCCAAGACUAUCAUGGAGACUUUGACACAUGGUGUUGCCUUUAUCGAACAAGCCGGCUACCUUACUGCCCAGGCCCAAAACAAAUUCGCUGCUCUCGACGAGGAUUUCCAUAAGCAGACCGUUCUUGUCCAAUCUCUCAAGAAGGACAAACAAAACCUUGAGAGUCAGAUUACUAAGCUCAGCGAUGAGCGCAACCAGGCCAACACCAAGAUUGACGAGCUUGAGAAGCAGCUUGCCAAGGCUAACGAAGCUUACCAGAACAAGGUCAAGGAGCUCGAUGAUACGAUUAAGGGACUUCAGAAGCACGGUGAAGUUGACCACUCGAUAAUGAAGAAGUUACAGGAAGAUCUCAACAGCCUUUACGGCCAGAACAUGGACCUCCAAGAUCAGUUGACCAAGGCUCAGAUUGAGAGGGAGGAGCUCCAUGAGAUGAUCUCAAGUCUCCACAGCCAGGUUAUCGUCCUCAAUGAGACACAACUGGAGCUCGAGAAUGUGCUCAAGGUGCAAAGGGAUGAGAACACUCGUCUCGUCAACGAGAAUUCCCGUCUUGACGACGAAUGGAAGAAAUCACUCAAGGCAAACGAGGCUCUCCAAUCCCAACUCGCCAACGCCAAGAAAGACCACGAUAAGAUCAAGGAAGAGCUCGCAAAGACCAGCAAGAGCCUCAAGGACACCAACGCUGAUCUA